AUACACCUCUGGAAGGCUGCUGUACCCUGCACCUCCAGCCCUCUGCAGCAGCUGGAAGAGUGUCUUGCUGUACUUGUAUCCCUUUCAGCCUUCUCUUUUACACUGCUUUCUUUUCAGCCAUUUAAGACCAAGUGCUAUUGUCCUCUGCUGCUGCUGCUGAAGCACGGCAAGACUUUGAAACAGUCUCCAUGACAAUCUGAGCUAUGCAGUCUGGAUCCUGACAGGGUGGUGCAUGGCUGUGCUUGUAUCCUGCGGAGCAAGGCUGCUCGGGUACUUGAGAGCGAGCGGGAGGCUGAGCCGGCAGCAUCCCGGGCAUUUCCAGCGAGCGCCCGCCAGCAGCCCGACACCGACUGAAAUUUAGACGUCUUCAGAGAGGGGAGGAAGAUCCUCGUCUUCCGUAGCCUCCUCAAUGAGUGCCAAGCUCUCCAAAGAGUUGAGGCUCUCCCUGCCGCCUUGUCUUCUGAACAGGACAUCUGCCACCUUAAAUACCAGCAGCACCUGCAUCACGCAAGUGGGUCAACUCUUUCAGUCCUUCUCGUCCACCCUGGUUUUAAUUGUCCUGGUCACCCUCAUCUUCUGCCUGAUCCUCCUCUCCCUCACCACCUUCCACAUCCACAAGAGGAAGAUGAAGAAGCGGAAAAUGCAAAAGGCUCAGGAGGAGUAUGAACGGGACCAUUGUGCCCGCAGCAGCAAUAGCAGCAGCCAGCACCCUGGGACAGUGGUGCGGGGAGAGGCACCCCAAGGAAGAGACAGCCGACUGGGAAGACCCCCCCAGGACUUGGAAAUCCAGCGCUCCUCUCCCUCGGCAGCCCCCAGCUCUCAGCAAGCGCAGGCUUGUUUGGACACAGCUGGCGCGGGGCUCCUGCAGACGGUGAUUUUGUCGUGAUGGUUUGGGGGAGACCUCGCGAAGGCACUGAUUGAUGUUUGUAAAUAUCUGAGUGAUUAUUCUAGUCCCCGAAGAAGAAGAAAACAUUGCUAAUUCAAAUGAACGAACAAGCCCAUGAUUCAAGCGCACGACAGAUCACAUUACGUUUCUCAUUGACUGUGUGAGGAAAGGAUGCAUCUUUUUACUGGAGAAGGAGCUGCACACAGCCACUAAAUAUCAAGUCAUCCACCUGCACGAGAGGGUCAGGGGUAGGGGGUCCCUUUUCUCUGGACACUAUUACCCCAAGUACAGGGAUAAUUUGGUUUCCCACUGCUCUUGGGAUUCCCACUGCACCCUGUGUCAUUGUUACCUGGUGUGGGUUGGGGUAUGGGGGGAGAGGCAGGUCUGGUGGGUGCCUUGGGACCCUUGUAUCAUCUUGGAGUAGACUGGUGGUACACUGUGGUCUCUCCUUUUGUGCUGGGAUCUAUGCCCCUGUCCCACCUUUCUCACUCUUUUCCAGAACUGGAAAAUUGCUUAGUGUAGAAAUGGCCAUCGGGCUUAACUGCAAGCACCCUCCGACCCCGUGGCCCUGUGCCCCCAGCUGCAGCACCGAGUGACCCACUCACUAUCUGGGAUGGAGUCAGCUGUCUGCAUAGAGUGGUGCCUGAGCAUUCCUCUCCCAUCAGCUCCCUUCAUCUUGAAAAGCAUCCCCUUCCCCGUGCCAUGAACCGUGAAGCCCAAACCCGGUACCGUUCAGUGUGGAAGGGAGAGGUGAUGUGCAGUAACUUGCCUGUCCCCUCCCAGGAGAGGUUGUCUUUGUACCUCCUGUUGGUCCUGAAGCAAUCUAGUUCUGCACCAGGCACCCUGCACUGAAUGCCUGCCUUUACAGCUUUGUCUCCCAGCAAGGAAUCCUGCAGCAGUACAGAGAUCUUGCUUCUACUUUUUUAGGCUGAUGUGUGUUUUCAACCCUUCUAAUCUUGUAGACAAUUAGGGACGGACAACACUUAAUUUUAUCGUGUUUCCUCUCUUGGGAAACAAAUAACGCAGUCGUGCAAAACGUCCGCUCCCAAACCCCGGCAGAUACUUAUUUUUGAAGUGACUGCUUAGAACUGGUGUGGUUUGUCCCUGGCAAAUACAGAGAGUUUUGUUGUCUCUGGAUGACGGGUGUGAGUGGCUGCUGGUACUGUGUGUGUUGGAGGACGCAGUGUGGUUUACAGAAAAUGCGUCUUUGCUUAGUGAAUAAAUCAGUGACCAUUACUUGAAGGUGCCUUAACAGCAUGCCGUAUCCAAACUUU